GAUUUUAAUUACCGAUUUCUUUCUCUGUUGGGGGAGACUCUUUAAACUGUUUGCUUGUGAGCCAUCGAGCAGUCGUUGAUCAGCUGGCGGCGAUGAGCGACACCGCGAAAUGCACUCGCUGUGCCCCCGGCUCACUUUGUAAGAUCCCCACUCCGCUGCCCACCAAAAUUCCCCUCCGGAGCGUCGUCAAAUGCCAGCCGGAGCUGGUUAAUCGCUGCCCGGAUCACUCGCACUCGCCAUGUAUCGCAAUGUGCUCUGCCUGGCUCUGGGCCUGAUCAUCGGCAUCCGGCUGACGGACUUCUUCGAGUACUUCCAGCUGCCCGAAACGCACUUCGGCAGCACGGCGAUCACGCAACUCGAAGAUGAGGCCACACCCCAGCUGCCGACGGAGGAGGAGCUGGCCAGAUGGCUCCACAACGAGACGCGGGUGCUCUGCUUGGUGCUGACCAUGCCGAAGAACCACCAAUCCAGGGCCCACAGGGUGAAAACCACUUGGGGCAGGCGCUGCAACAGGCUGAUCUUCGUCAGCAGCCAGGAGGACCGGGAGCUGGGCGCCAUCGAUGUGGGCGUGCCGGAAGAUCGAAAUAAUCUGUAUCUGAAAAUGAGAAAGGCGCUGGAGUAUGCAUAUCAGACAUACGGAGAGGAUUACGACUGGUUCCUCAAGGCAGACGAUGAUACAUUUGUGAUAAUGGAGAACCUGCGAUUCCUGCUCUAUCCCUACGAUCCCGAGGCAGCUUUGUACUUUGGCCACCGAUUCCGCACAAACUUCCCGCAGGGCUACAUGUCCGGCGGAGCUGGCUACGUGAUCAGUCGUGAUGCACUGCGUCGACUCAAUCUGUUUGCCUUCAACAACACCCGCUUCUGUCCGCUCAACGAGAUGUCGGAGGACAGGCAGAUUGGCUUCUGCCUGCAAAAUGUGGGCGUGGUGGCUGGCGACUCCCGAGAUGAGGAAGGUCGAGAUCGAUUUCUGCCCAUGUCCCUGCAACACAUGCUGCCCACUUUUCCCACCGAAAACUGGCUGCCGAAACUUACCUUUUAUAAACCAGUAAAUGAAACUGGCUCGAGCACGGGAAUUAGCUUUCACUACGUCAAGAAACACGAGUUCGAAAUGUUUGAGUUCCUGCUGUAUCGACUGCGUGUUUUCGGAACUCCUUUAUCCCAGAGACCACUGCCACCCAGACUGGAUAACCAUCAACUGCAGAACCAGCUUAACUAUUGGUCGCAGCAAAAUAGCACGAAUCCUAACUCCUGGCUUACACAGGAAUAAUAAGAUAUAUUAUCUGUUAACUUUUUAAGGCUUUUCUUUAGCCAGUUAGAAAUAUAAGACUCACUGUUGACAUAA